GUCGAUCACGUGGUGCAAGCAACGUCAUGGCUAUUUGAGCGGUAAAGAAAAUAAGGUUGUCUUGAAACAUGAUUGCCAGGUUCCUGUGGCAGGAGUAAUCGCGAUAUACGCCAGAAGCGGACAAUGAGCAGGUCCGCCGCAAGACUCUGGGGCUGUCCAUGAGAAAAAGGGGCAAGAAGAAAUUCUAAUCGGAGGAGAAAGAAGAGGCACGUUCAUGAGGGCAAGAAGAACGCUUGAGCCAGAGAUGGAUCGGAACAGAACGCAGAUGAACCAACGAGUGCUUCCUCCGCCCCUUAAUUUGUUUCCCACGGGUACAAUCGACCCCGCCACAGGACUGCCUCUGGUACAGUUCUUCGACCAUGCAACUGGGACGCCCAUUCUGGCACGUAUGAUCGAUUCCACUUCGGGUCAUCCCAUGUUGAUGGAUGUUUAUGGUCGACUGUACAACUGCGGCAACACUCCGUUGGCGCCGCAACCUCUUGUUCUUAUGCCUACUGCACCAACGACAUCGACAAACGUCGAUUCCUUUCCUCCGGUCAGGACCAAGAGUUCCAAAGGGAUACUGAAGCCCGCCAGGAGUUUCGAGUAUAAGGUGAACCGAGAAGGCCUCAAGUGGGACGAACAAAACAUCCUCAAGACCCUCCACCCACCGGACAAGGACUACGGUUUCAUAAGCGUUAAGGAGCCCAAACCACCAUCCGACUCGGAUCCAGCGGGAGGGACGGAGUUCGGCCAUCUGCUCCAAAGGAUAGAGCAGUGCGCAGAAAACUCUGCGCAAGUGGUUGCUCCUCUGCAGGUGCCGGAGAGCACUUCCCUCCCGGAGACAAAGGGUACGUUGGACCCCAGCUCAUCAUAAAAUGUUUCGUAAAUUCGAAAUGGCCGCCUAACCGAUGCACCGGCAGAUCUCGAACGCAUAUUAACAUUGUAGGAAGAUUUCAUUACGUACUCUGGGAAUAAAUUAUAGCUAGUCAUGCUUGUGCACAAGUUAGUUACGAACUAUAGUCUGACCCAGGGGAGCCCCCUAGCUAAAGGGGGAGAGAAAGAGAGAGAGACGCCGAUCUGUGUUUUUUGUUUUGUUUGUUUUUUUUUGUGACUGCCUUAUUUCGUUUUAACCACUUGAAUUCUGUAAAAAUAUAUAUAUAUGAUUUUGAGAAUUGCACUUCACUUUAGAAUAUCUAUGAAACAGCAUGACAGUGUGGAACCUACACUUUACAGAAGGAGCAUAGAAGAGCUCGAAAAGAAUGUCAGGGGGAGUAGAAAUUGAGAUUACAAGCUCAGCACUCUUAAAAACGAAGGGUAUAUUGUAACUCCCUA